CCCAACACUUAACGGCAACAGCAUGUACGCAAUAGCAGGCACUACUAUGCUCAUUGCUAUGAACAGCGCAUGCAACAUGCGGCAGCAUCAACAGCAGCUGCAAGUGCUGCCGCAACGCCAAUAUACGCGCGAGAUGCAGCAGAUGAAAACAGCUGAACAAACCCCAAAGCAGCAGCUAACAGAAAAAUGCAAUAAAGGUGUGGACACAGCAGCGACGAAAAAACAUAAGAAGUGGUACAAGAAACUGUUUCAAAGACAGGGAAAAGGAGAGCAAAGUACGGAAAAUGCAGAAGAAGAAAAGAAGAAAAUGUUAAGUAAGCAAAAGAAAGUAGACGAAAAUUUAUAGUGGCCAACCUGAUUAAGUCUGAGCUAGAGAAAAACAAGGAAUACGGAACAGAAGCUAAGAAAUUGUGGAGCUGUGCUAUAUAGUAAUAUAUUAAUAAGACAGAUCAAAACUGAUGUAAAGGCAUCCGAAGAGCCAAGAUAAGGGAGACAUAAAGCCAGAGAAGGGCACGAC